AAAUAGUUGCCUAGACGAUAAGCAUAUACAGUAACUCUACAGUUGCCGAGACGCGCGCGACGCCAGCGGCGUCCCGGGAGCGUCUGGAAGUAGUUCGCGCGUUGCGCGCGGUUGCUGUCGAUAAUUUAAUUGUUACGUGUAAUGCGGAGCGCUUACUGUGGCACUUAGGUUAAGCCCCGGAAGUUGUGUGACAUAAUCAAUUUUGGCAUUGCCAUCUACGGACUUGCUCCUUCUGCGAUAAGUUUAAGUGCGGAAGGACACAAUUAGUGUGCUACGCUGAAAGCGGCGAGCGCGUAAGUGAAAAUUGUGCGGUGCGGGUUGUGCUCCUUUUGAAGCCAUAUUAUUUCUUAUCUGCGGUUGUCAAGGUAGGUUGCACCGCGCUUCGCGGCAGCUUAGCAUUUGACAAUGUCUGGCCCAGAAGCAACCCAGAAGAUGGAUGAGUAUCUCAGCUCAUUGGGCUUUUGGAGGAAACAGAUCGCCGCUGAUGGCUCAUGCUUGUUUAGAGUGGUUUCCGAGCACGUGUACAACACGCAAUCGAAACAUGAAGUUGUACGACGAGCGUGUGUGCAGCAUUUACGUGAGAAGAAGUCCAUCUAUGCAAAGUACAUUGAUGGGGACUUCGAGCAAUACAUGUCAAACAUGGAAAAUGUGAAGGUCUGGGGUGGCCAUUUGGAGAUGCAUGCAAUGGCAGAACUGUACAAGAAAGACUUCCUGAUCUUUGAUAGCCCAGGCAAGAGUCCCUACUAUGCAACAGAGAAUCACUUUCAAGAUGUGGUGAUGCUCUGUUACACUCUUGGUAAUCACUAUGAUGUUGUCUACACGAAGGAAAGACUCGGUGCUGCAGCCAUGUGCCAAUCCUUUGUGUACGAGACUCUGUACAAGACAGUUUUUAAAUUUGGAGACGAUGUCGACUUGGCAGUCAAAAAGAUGCUCUAUGACAAGACAUACUUCAAGCACAAGAAGAACAUGACCUUUGAGCAGUGGAAAGAGAGUGUCAAGUUUGGCACAGAGACCAAUGUCCUUUCUGAGGAGGAACAGGCCACUGCUUCUGAGGUUGUGACUGCAUUGGCCAAUCGAAUACCCCCAUUUCCAUUCAAAGUUGCCAAGGCUUUGGACCCGACAAUCUACAGAAAUGUUGAAUAUGACAUCUGGAAUGAGGCAGAGAAAGAGAGAAUCCGCAGUGAACAACUAGUGAUUCCAGAGUUGGAGCCUGGUGUUAAAUGUUUGGUGCGGCUGACUCGCGAAUUAGAAGGCCACAGUGCUUCGUUCCAAGCUCACAUUCAGAAAAUGGAGCCAAACGAAGGACCCAUCACAGUUUUCAUUGAAAAGCUGGGGAAAAUGUGCACAGUCCCAUACAGCAGUGUUCAGGCACUGCCCCUCCCAGCACACAAAGUAUUGACUUGGCGCCAGGGGCCACCAUACAAGCUGCGGGGUUGCCUCUACCAGCACUCACUGCUGUCCAACCUUCAGGAUCUUCAAAAGUCGCAGCGGAGACUUGCACGCAAAGGAAAAGGAAAGGACCUGUCUCUGUGGCUGCCUACAGUAGUCGCUGGAACACGUCUGCCCCUAGACUUCUCUAUUCCAAGGCCUUCAGAUGUCACUUGCUCAUCUCCUCAUUUACUAAGAGGCAACGACAUCUUUACAUCUGACAAGGGGAGGUUUCCUCUGAGCCCCUCAUCACCCAUGGACACCAGCCAAGCAAUUUGGAGCCCUCCUGCAGCACUGUUGCGACCUGGCAGUCCCUGCCCAUUUCCUCGGCCAAUCAUGUACCAAGAGAAACAAAGGUUUGAGAGCCAUGCAGUUUUUGACUUUAAGCCCCAGACUAGCACAUAUCCAGUGGCACAACUCGGGGACCCAAGUUGCCUACUAGGCCAUACAGCAGCCAACAGUAUGCCAUCCAGCUAUGGUCAGCCCACCACUCAAGAGAUGCCAUUGAAGAAUGAUGAUUCUAGCGUUGUGAGCCCUGGUAUACAAGCCCAGCUCCCAGCAGCUCACCACAUCGAAACGCCAUACUAUGGCAACUUCACCACCACUGUAUUUGACCCAUCUAUCCUGGGUCAACGUGCACACACAGAACCAGGACUCUUGAACACACCACCACCUCCAUCUUACGACUAUGUUUCCACUCCUCCCUUUACUUGUUCUGCACCCUCUCCAGAUGUGUUGUGCAGCCCACCACAGAAUGGGAUCCUGAGCACCACCACUCCAAAUGCUUGUGCCAGUGAUGCCCCUCUGCCAUAUGGCCAGGAAGUCACAGGUGUGCAGCAGCCACAACAGCAGCUGAUUGCUUCCUACUCUCCAGUGCCCUUUGCUAACAUGCUGUUCACCUGUGAGCCACCAGCACCCUCAGUCAACCUGGCUGCUCAACGCUCUAGUGACCCCGAGGGCAGUGACCUCCCCGCUGAUGUCCCGACCCUGCGGUUCUUUUACAACAUGGGCUGUGAUUACUUUCGGAUGUACGGCGCCACUCUGCAGCCAUGUGUGUUCCCCUCAGUACAGGGCUACAAUGGGAACUUCAGCCUGACCAUUGUGCCAUACAUGGCUGACUCCAGCAUAGUCGUGCCUGAUAUCAGAUGCACCGUGUCGGAGACUGCACCAAGCACAGACAGUUUCACUGAAGGCCUGAAUGAAGACGGCUCCCUCUCCUCCUCAUUACCUGGCUUUGGCACUGUCCGAAAUGGCAAUAAUUUGGGCACUUCACCAUCCCACAGCUAUGAAAUGAUGUCACCAGCUGUUUCCCAACCUCAGAAGUGAGUGCACUGUUACGAUGUGUGGUAUGGCAGGAGUGUUCUAUGCGUGGUGCACACGCCAAGCUUCCCAGUUCUAGUCAAUCUCUGUAGUUCUCUGGUUCUCUCCUAGUCAUUUGAAAAACUUCUGAGCAGCAAUGUAACAUGCAGUUUUUCCAUACCUGUGAUAAGUAGCAGUGCCACUCUAAGAUGACUGCAGCCAUAUGUCUGUGCCUUGUCACACUUUGGAAUGUGUACAUUCAACACAUGCCACCAGUACUUGACCUGCAUUCAGUAUUUUUUCAUGUGUUCGCAAUUUUUGCAGCGGUGAUAUUUUCUUGACAUGCAUAUUGCAUUUCUCUGCACAUGUGGGUGCAGCGUACAUAAAAGGGAUUGCUGUCCCAGUGCCAAAAGAAAAUGACACUUUAUCGAUAACUAAGAAUCUGCUUUUUUUACGCUUUGGAAAUCUAUGCAGUAGUUCUUGUAUAAUAUAAGAUGCUUUGUUUGAAAGCUUAAUGUUAAUGUCGUCAUUGUUAGUAGGAGUUAUGGCUGACAGCAUUAAGCUUUACUUUUAAUCCCACUGUGAUACCUAAUAGAGACAAUACACUGUUAAUUGCACAUGUUUUGGCACUGUGUAUUCAUCAAAAUUCCUAGUCAAAUGUACCAAUGUACACCUCCAUGCUCCCUCAUUCUAGUCAAACGUGUUAAAGUGGCAGUGCAAUACACACACCGUUCUUUAAAGUGCAGCAUAUUUCAUUCACAUCUUGUGUCUCAUAUAAAAGGCCACUAUUUUUCAUAGCUUGUAUAUUUGUAUUGUUCCAAGCCCAUCAUAAACUUGUGAUACUGAACAAAUGUGACCUUCAAAGUGCCAUAGUCCCUGAUAUCUUUGUCUUAGUUUUCUUUUUUGUGGGCCUCCUCACUGACAAGCCUUACUACACACAAUUCAGCUGUUACCUUAUUCUUUCAGUACUCUUCCAUACACAAGCUAAUUGUACUUGUGAUCAUCAGUGAUUUGACAGCUUGUAUAUCUACCAUGCCCAGCCAUUGCCACAAGUUACAUAAGAUAGCUUCUUGACCCUAUGUACUUGUCGUUGAGCAAAACUCUACAAUAACUGCAUUUUUUUUCUUUUCUUAGUUUUUUGUAGUACUUAGUGUCUUGGUCACUGUUUACUCAAGUGUUCUGACUUUUUCUUUUUUUCAUCUUGUGCUCUCAUUACUAGCCAUGAUCUCUUUGCCCCUCUUCUUGAUAUCCAUCAAACUAAACAUUUUUUAAAUCUCCUGUCAGUGGAUGAAAAGCUGUGUUUCUUGAUUCCUGUCAUAUGAGGGGGAAAAUUUUUUUUAGAGAAUGGUACAACCAACUCUAACAAAAAAAAUAUUGUUAAAGAAAGGCAAGACCAAAUAGGACAUUUUCUCUGCCAUGCUGUGAUAGCAUUGCACAUGUAUUCGUGGUGCAGUGUACCUGGAUUUGUUUUCGUUUUCUUUCGUUCCCUGUUAAAGAGCUGCAAGGUGCCAGCUCAUGUCUUAGCAAUUAUAUAAUUUUUGUUUAAACAUUGUUACAUUCAGAAACUGAAGUUCAAGUGUCACUGACCCUUUUUCUUCAUAUGAAGUAUUUUGGGGUCUGGUCUGUUGCUUAUUUUAACCUAUAACAUACCCAACAUAGCUUUGAAUAAUGUAUGUGUGAACUCAUUUCCUCAAAAGUUGAGAAAAAGAUGUUUACUGCUUAGUGCCUAUGCUUUUAACGUUAAGUCGUGGCAUCUUCGGCCCUACUUUUUCCUUAUGCCAUUGAAACAGUUUUGCAUUUUGUCAUUGUUUUGUCUCAAGAAUCGAGACACGUAUCUCACAACCAAUGUCUUCCCUGUUUAAGCCAUCUUUGUUGGGUCUCUAAAGAAUUGAGGCGCAUAUGUGUCACAACCACAGUUUUUGCUAUUUAAACCUGACACAUUGUUCUGUCUGUUUAUUAUUGGAGAUUUCUAUCCCUCUAAGGUGAUAUCAGAGUACUUUUGUUUUGGACGUGAUAGAAAAAAGAGCACUGUCACUUUGUUUCCUCUACAUUGUAUCUAUUGCUAACCACUAACUGCCACGCCCACUUUUUACUUCUGUAAUUUUUUUGUACAUUUUCUUCAAAUAAAGAAGACCUGAAGCACAAGGGA